AUGGAUUCAACACAAAGUCCAUCUACAGGAGGAAAUGGGACGCCCAUUUCUCAAACUAACGAUACUGCAGCUUCUGCAGCAGGAGCUGAUGAUUCUAUGCAAAACCUGAACCAGAUCAGCAACUCCAUUCAGAAAACCUUGGGUCUUAUCCAUCAGCUUUAUCUUACCGUCUCUACCUUCAAUGCUGCCUUUCAAAUGCCACUCCUCCAACGCAUAAAUGGUCUUGUUGCAGAGCUUGACAACAUGGUGAAAUUGGCAGAAAAGUGUAACAUUCAGGUUCCUAUGGAGGUUGUAAAUUUAAUUGAUGAUGGGAAGAAUCCAGAUGAAUUUACUAGAGAUAUUAUAAACAACUGUAUUGCAAAGAAUCAGAUCACCAAAGGAAAAACUGAUGCUUUAAAGAAUUUACGCAAGCAUUUAUUGGAGGAAUUGGAGGUAAACUUUCCUGAUGAGGUUGAAACAUUUAGAGAGAGUCGGGCUGCUUCUGCUGCGGAAAUGAAACGUUUGGCACAGGCACAGAGUGUAUUGCCCAAUGGAGAUGUGAGGGUUAAAGCAGAGCAUUGA